UAUAGUCACAAGCUGCAAUAUUACGCAAUCAAUGUCAGAAUUAGAAUCUUUUGGAGUGGUUUCAAUUACAGUUAUCGUUGUGUUAUUCGUUUAUUCAAUCUCAGGAGCCUUCUUUGAGCAUAAACAUGUAUAUAUAUUGAAAUAAAUUUGUAGAUCCACAUAAUUCAUGAGACCGGUUUGGGAAUUUUGCUGGGAAUACUGAGUGGAUUCAUUUUUUAUCUUCUCUUUGAGGAUACAUUGCGGUCAUUAGUAUAUCAUCAAUAUGAAGUAGUAUACUUUUAAUGGCACAUUCUUUUUCUAUAUUCUUUUACCGAUAAUUAUAUUUUGUGGAGGUUAUAACUUAAACAAAAGAAGGUUUAUUAUUAACUUAGAAUUAUUAUAGAUUUGCAUAAAAUUUCUUCUAUAUAGUGUUAUUUGGAUUAUUAGGAACAAUUUUCACUUUUAUUUUUAUCUUGGUUUUCACAUGGAUAGUGAAUGAAAACGGUAUACUUUUGCAAUGAAUUAGACUUGAUAACGGAAUCCUUCGACAAAAAUGUCAUAAAACUGAGUUUUGAGAACAUCAUGAUUUUUGCAGCAACCAUUUGCGCCUCAGAUAGUGUAGCAGCGUUGACAAUGAUUAAGCCAGAAAAAUACCCUAAAUUAUUUAGUGUUGUCUUUGGCGAAGGGAUGGUCAAUGAUGCAGUAUCCAUUAUCCUCUUCAUUUCAGUUGAAUUAAUAAGUAAUGAACAUGUAGAAACUUGGAAAAUGCCAUUGGAAUUAAUUUGGUUAUUCAUAAAGGAGUUCUUUGGAAGCAUGAUUAUUGGGAUAUUAUUUGGUAUUCAUUAUCGAAUAUAUGAUAAUAGGAUUAUUCACAUCGUUUUUGUUUAAGCGUUUGAGAUUUUUGACAGAGUCUGUGAUUCUCGAGAUUAUUAUAUUACUGUAUGUUGGUUAUGCAUCCUUUGCGAUUUGCGAGUUAUUAGAAUUAAGUGGUGUAAUCAGUGUUUUGGUUUGCGGAAUAGCUUUGGCUCAUUACAAUUUUUACAACCUUUGCAACCUAGGGCAAAUAUCAUCAAAGUAUAUAUUCACGAAUAAUAAAUAGAAUAACUUUAAAUUCUUUAUCGCUCUUUUGCGAAUCAUUUAUAUACGUGUAUCUUGGCUUAGCCUUAUGGGCGAUUAAAGGUGAUGAGAAAAAUAGAAUUGAUACAAUGAAGACAAGUUGGGUUUUCAUUUUGCUUGAAAUAGCAAUAUGUUUUGUCUCCAGAGGCCUAUCCUUAUUUUUAUUGACAAUGAUAUCACAAAUUUUUACUGGUAGAUAGAACUUUAAAUUAACCUUUUGGGAGCUCAAUAUUGUUUGGUUUGCUGGACUUAUAAGAGGAUCAGUUGCUUAUGCUCUUAUACAAAAACUUGACUACAAAAAUGACGAAGAGAAAAUAUAGGUUGAGCUCAUGCAAACAACAAUAUUGAUUAUUGUGAUCAUUACAACUAUUAUACUUGGGGCACUUAUGCCUUUUUAUAUUUCUAGGAAUUUAUAAAUACAGGAGCAUCGUAACAACAAAAAGAAAGUCUAGCAUUGCGAAAGCAUUAGAGUCACGUUUUUAGGGGUAAAUAAAUAUUUAUAAUUUAAUCAAGGAAAUACAAGGAGGUAUUGGGGAGUAUGAGGAAAAAUAUACUAAAAAAAAGUCUAAAUUUUAUAGAUGGCUAGCCCACAUCGAGGAAAGGUAUAUGAAACAAUGGUUUAUUUACAAUUAUAACGAAAGAAAAUAGGAAAUUAAAGAGCAAAAACAAUUAUAGAAAAAGGCUAAUGAUGGAAAUUUACCAAGAAGAUAAACUGUUCAAUUCCAAAGAUAAGAUAGCCAGGGAUAUAAUACUAGAGUAUCUAAAGUUAUUCAUAGAUCAACUAUAAACUCAAAAUAUACUGGAGUUCAAUAAAUAAUUCUUAGUAUUGAUGUGCCUAAUGAGGUCCAAUAAUAUUCUAACAAUGAAGAACUGAAAACUUAAAUGCAAGAUCAGAAUGAUAUUAGAGAAGUUGAUGAAAAUUUAGAAUAAUCAAAUAUAAAGUGAAUAAUAA